AUGCACCCCCCCGAGUACCAAAAUGAAUUUGCCAGUGAAACAGAAGAGAACUUUUCAGACAAAGUCAUAAGAAGAGCUUUCAUUAGAAAGGUGUUUCUCACAUUACUGGUUCAAUUGUUGAUGACCCUAGCAAUAAUCUGCAUGUUUCUUUAUUGGCCAGCCCUGAAUUUAUGGGUAACUAAAACUUACUGGUUUACAUACGCCCUGUUUCCUGCCAUCUUCAUUUUAAUCAUUACCUUGUCAUGCUGUGAUGGUGUACGGCGUAAAACUCCAUGGAACUUUGUGCUUCUUUUAUUAUUUACCAUCCUGGAAGGAUUGAUGUUGGGAGCAGUUUCAGUUUUCUAUGAUGCUGAUGCAGUGAUGUGGGCUGUUGGUGCUACUGCAUUUGUAUCAUUUGGACUGACACUAUUUGCCCUGCAAACUAAGUGGGAUUUGACCAAGGGACGUGGAAUUUGUUCGUGAUACUACUUGUUAUUAGCAUUUGGAAUUUUGUGUGCCAUAAUACAAUCAUAUUGGCUCCAGAUAGUUUAUGCCUCAUUAGGAACACUGGUCUUUUCUGUUUACCUGGUGAUUGACAUACAAUUAAUGCUGGGAGGAAAGCACAGAUACAGUCUCAACCCUGAGGAAUACAUUUUUGCAGCUCUGAAUCUUUAUCUUGACAUUAUAAAUAUCUUCCUGUUCAUACUUCAAAUCAUCGGUCUGAGUCGUUAAGAAAUAAAAGAAUGAAUUACGCAAAUAGAUGUAACUAUUGAUCAUUAAUGCAUUCUUGUAGAAACCUUUUUUCUUUCAACAAAAAAGGCUCAGUAAAAUAAUCAAUGAGAAACAUAACAACAAAUAUGUAAACUUAGAAACUAAAUGCCAUUAUCUUUCUUAUUAGAUCAAUAUUAAUAGAUGUCUGUUUGAAAUGUCAAUUAUGCAGCACAAGUUACCAAAUGGCUUGUGGACUUGGAAAGCUAUUUCUCCAGAAAACAAUUUAAAAAAGCAGACGGAAGGUCGUAACUCCUGCUAUUUUAAUACACUGUAUUAGCAUUUGUUUGUUCUAUCAUGUUUACUAAUUAACAAUAUUACAAAUUAGCCUUAAAAUGUAACAGCUGCAAAUCUGAAAAGUGCCUAAGUAUGAUCGUUUGUGAACUGUGAAAGGUUUGUGAAAGUGAAUGUAUUUUCCAAAUAAAAAGUGCUUAAUGCAAAAGUAGCAGAUUCUUCCUCUUACAUCAAGAUCAAUUCUUCAGAUU